ACAGGCAUGUGAACACCGACCGACCGGGCUGUGUGUGCCGGGGCUUGGUACACGCGGGCUGGGGGCUCUAAGGUUGGGUGGGGGAAGGAGCCGGGGAAACAGUGUGUCUUUGUGAGAGUGUGUGUGUGUGAGCUCGUGUGUGUGUGUGUGUGUGUGUGUGUGUGUGUGUGUGUGCAGCCGAGUCUGUGUGCUUUGGGUGUGGGUGUUUGUCUCCCUGUAUCCGCCUUCUCUCCCGUUCUGGACUUUUAGCCUUUCUGGGCUCAUCUCCCUCCUGUCCUGCACCCUACCUGUAGGGGCUGGAAUUGGGUGCCCUAGUGGAGAAGAAGGCCACGCUCCAGGGCCCACUGUAACCCCGGACGCUGCCCGAGGCUUCCCUCUAGCUCCCCCUCCCUUCCUUUCCUCUCUUUCCUCCCUCCCUCUUUCUCUUCCUCCCUCCCCCCCCCAGGCUGGCGUGCCAGGGGGUGGGACAUGCCAAUCACUGGCUGUGCCUCUCCGGCUGCCAGCACAGGGCGCAGCUCCCCCCGGGAGCCAGGUGUUUGGGUCCCUGGAGACGCCGUCGGCCCCCCGGAGAGACAGCGGGGCUGAGGACCCUUCAGACCCCUCUCCAGCCCCAUGGGAACCCUGACUCCCACCAUCCCCAUCCACCUUCAUCCCCUCCAAGAUGGACUGAACCAGGCUGCUGGCCAGAUGGACAAGCGGGAUGCCAAGGUGAUGAGCGGCCCCUGAGGAAGCCCCGACCUGUGAUUAGAGGAAGGGGCUGCCUCCCCCACUCCCCCCAGCCACCAUGAAUACCUCAGCGCCACCGGCCGUCAGCCCCAACAUCACUGUCCUGGCACCGGGAAAGGGUCCCUGGCAAGUGGCCUUCAUCGGGAUCACCACGGGCCUCCUGUCUCUGGCCACGGUGACAGGCAACCUGCUGGUGCUCAUCUCCUUCAAGGUCAACACGGAGCUCAAGACGGUCAACAACUACUUCCUGCUGAGCCUGGCCUGUGCCGACCUCAUCAUCGGUACCUUCUCCAUGAACCUCUACACCACGUACCUGCUCAUGGGCCACUGGGCUCUGGGCACGCUGGCCUGCGACCUCUGGCUGGCCCUGGACUAUGUGGCCAGCAACGCCUCGGUCAUGAACCUGCUGCUCAUCAGCUUUGACCGCUACUUCUCGGUGACCCGGCCCCUGAGCUACCGUGCCAAGCGCACUCCCCGCCGGGCAGCCCUGAUGAUCGGCCUGGCCUGGCUGGUCUCGUUCGUGCUCUGGGCCCCGGCCAUCCUCUUCUGGCAGUACCUGGUAGGGGAGCGGACGGUUCUGGCCGGGCAGUGCUACAUCCAGUUCCUCUCCCAGCCCAUCAUCACCUUUGGCACGGCCAUGGCCGCCUUCUACCUCCCCGUCACGGUCAUGUGCACCCUCUACUGGCGCAUCUACCGGGAGACAGAGAACCGGGCCCGGGAGCUGGCGGCCCUGCAGGGCUCGGAGACGCCGGGGAAGGGGGGCGGCAGCAGCAGCAGCUCAGAGCGGUCCCAGCCAGGGGCCGAGGGCUCCCCAGAGACCCCUCCAGGGCGGUGCUGCCGCUGCUGCCGAGCCCCCCGGCUGCUCCAGGCCUACAGCUGGAAGGAGGAAGAGGAGGAGGACGAAGGCUCCAUGGAGUCCCUCACCUCCUCGGAGGGUGAGGAGCCUGGCUCCGAGGUGGUGAUCAAGAUGCCCAUGGUGGACCCCGAGGCGCAGGCCCCCACCAAGCAGCCGCCCCGGAGCUCCCCGAAUACGGUCAAGAGGCCAACCCGGAAGGGGCGCGAGCGGGCGGGCAAGGGCCAGAAGCCCCGUGGGAAGGAGCAGCUGGCCAAGCGGAAGACCUUCUCGCUGGUCAAGGAGAAGAAGGCGGCUCGGACCCUGAGCGCCAUCCUGCUGGCCUUCAUCCUCACCUGGACGCCGUACAACAUCAUGGUGCUGGUGUCCACUUUCUGCAAGGACUGUGUCCCCGAGACCCUGUGGGAGCUGGGCUACUGGCUGUGCUACGUCAACAGUACCAUCAACCCCAUGUGCUACGCACUCUGCAACAAAGCCUUCCGGGACACCUUCCGCCUGCUGCUGCUCUGCCGCUGGGACAAGCGUCGCUGGCGCAAGAUCCCCAAGCGCCCCGGCUCUGUGCACCGCACCCCCUCCCGCCAGUGCUGAUGGCCCUCCUGCCUGCAUCCCUCCACCCCGGCGGGCCCUGGUAGAAAGCGGGCAGGGGCGGUAACCUCAGACCCAGGGCCCUGCUCGGGGGGGAGGGCCCCCCCAGGAUUCCAGGGCCCCUAGGUCACCUUCCUGCACAACCCAGGGAGACCCCACCAACUUUCCAAACUGGGGAACCCGGGGAACUGGUUCUUGUGUUCCCUGCCAGGUGGGAAUGGGCUCUUCACCAGGAAGAAAGCCUGGGAGGGGGUAUCCGGGCUUUGGAUUCCUUGUUUGUGUUCAGGCAGGAAGUCCAUGCAGAGCCAGCAGAGCGGGCCAGGAGAAAGGAGGUUUAACCAAGCGGUCCUCCAUGGCCCCAGGGGCUGGCCUGGAUCGAGCGGGGGAUGGCACGCCCUGCCAGCAGGGAACUGACACCAACUACUGAGAGAAAAGCUUGGCUCAAGGGAGUAUCCCUGCCUCCCAGGGGUCCACUCCCUCCCCAGGCACAGCCCACUCCGCUGGGCCCUCAAAUACUCUCCAGGGUGUCCUUGUGUGGGCCACCCCCAAGGCAAAUGUCCAAGCAUCAGCGGGACAAUGACACCAGAGGGGACAAGUGUGGCCAGUCUCACGUCAAGCCCUGAGGCAGCAGAAGGAGGGAGCACCAGGCAUCCCGCCUGUCCCACUAAGUCAUUUCCCUGGGAGUGAGGGGCAGGGGUGCCUGCUGUCCAGCCCCUGCUCUGGAGAAGCCCUCAGACCCUCCCUCCCUGGCUCACAGACACCACCCUGGGUAGAUCUGCUUCCUCGGAUCUAGCCAGGCCUCCCGCAUGCUGCCUGCCUCCGCCCCCUACCCACACUGGCCUGGCCCAGCACAGGUUCCCUCCUGUGAGCUCGCCCAUCCGACCCAUGCAUGGCCUCCCAGCCACCCUCAUCUCCCAGCCCAGCCUGGUCCCAAAUGUUCUUUCCUCCCAACCUCAGCAAGCGCUGAGUCUGUGAAUAAAGCCACAUAACCAGCGGCCGCUAA